CUCAUGCUGUGGACUUUAAUAAGCUUGCUACUUUCAGCAAUUUCAAGGAAAUCAUGCGGGAUGAAGAAGGACGCCUGAAACCAGUUGUUUUGAUUUCGUCUGAUGGAGGACCCGACGAAAACCCGAGAUAUCCAAAGGUUAUUUCCCAUGCCAUACACAACUUUGUUAAGCAUGAUCUAGAUGCAAUAUUUAUCUUUACGAAUGCACCUGGCAGAAGCGCGUUCAAUCGCGUCGAGAGAAGAAUGGCGCCUUUAAGCCGGGAAUUAUCUGGACUCAUACUUCCGCAUGAUUCUUAUGGAACCCAUUUGGAUGAACAAGGGAGAACCAAAGACCAUGACCUUGAAAAAAAGAACUUUCAGAAGGCUGGUGAAGUUCUCGCAGAAGUAUGGAGUAAUAUGGUUAUUGACGGUCAUGGCGUCGUAGCAGAGUAUGUAGAGCCAGAUGACAGUGCUGAAAGUUUUAUUCCGGAUCUGCCCUCCCAGCAGUGGUAUAGCGAACAUGUACGAGAGAGUCAAUAUUUGCUACAGGUGGUGAAGUGUGACGAUCGCGCUUGCUGUGGACAUAUGCGGAGUUCUAUACGAUCCAUUCUGUCGGAACGCUUCCUUAUUCCUCCUUACCCGAUUUUGCAGUCAUCCAGAGGCCUAUAUAUUCCAAAGCCUCAAGAGCAUGAUGGCAAGACGUUUGCUCCAUUUCUUCUGCGUCGGUCUCUUGAAAUUACUCCAACGUAUGAAGGCUUCGGAAAAUUGAUUUAUGACCUGUAUUGUCCUAGCCUGCAGAAGGAUCGGCAGAUACUUUUAGAAAGGACAUGCCAGCGGUGUGCAUUGUACUUCUGUACAAAGAAAAAAGCUAAGGAACAUGUGAAUUUUUGUCACAAGCAAUAUAAUACUCCAGAGAUGCACAGUGUUCGUCCUUCCCGCAUCCUCACGCGACGAUCGAACGGUAGAUCGAGAGAGAUUCUCUGCGUAGUGCGCGAAAAUGAUGACGCCGAGUGGCUUGAUGAAACCGAUGUUGAUCUUCAACUUCAACUUGAUGAAACCGAUGUUGACUUGCAAGAUGCUUAUCCAGUUAUUGGUGUUGAAGAAAGUCUUGCUAAUCCGUGGUCCGAAAAUAUUGUACAUUAAAUAAUGUUCAUGUACUAGUACAAAAAACUUUUUCGCAUUUCUUUCAUUAUUUUUAUGUCAGUCAAAAACAAACUGCAACCUUUCUGUCUACCUCUGAACGUUUAUUAUAGUAGUCUUUAAUUUUCUAUAAUAAAAUUAGAUGAUACUUAUACCAGUAUUUUUUUAUAAAUAAAAAGUAGAUUCUUUGCAGAUACGAAAAAAUACACGUGAUAUAGGGGGGAGGGGGGAGGGGUAGUCUUAAACCUCACCACGUAUCACCAAGGGGGAGGGGGGGUCAAAAAAUGCC